CCCACCUUGGCCUCCCAAAGCCGUUGGGAUAACAGGAUGAGCCACUGAGCCCAGCCAAGGGGUAGCCUUUAUAAAAUUUCCACUCUUCAGAUGAGGAGAUGGAGGCUCAGGGAGGUACCUGGAGUCACCCUGCUGGAAAGUGGCAGGUCUAGGAUUUGAUGCUAGGGCUGCAUGAUUUCCAGGAGCUGGUGCUUUUCAGGGAGAUAAAAUGAGUCUUUAGCAAAUGUGUUCCAUUAUUAUUACUUACAUUGUCAAUUACCCCUUCUCCAGGUCUUUGGCUUCUGAGAGUGUCAGCUGAUGGGCCAGGUUAUAAUGAACCCAGAGGUCAUCUUUUGGGUAUCUGUUCAGACAAACCUAGAAUACAGGCUGAGUUCUAUGCUCAUGUCCGGAACCUGGAGCUGGGAUGAGCCCAGGAGCCUUGGAUGCCCAGUGAAAAGCCGGUGGGAGCAGUUCAUUCUCUCCCCACAGAUCAAUAACGAGAACAUUGAUGAAACGUUCUGACGUUCACCAUGGACCAGCCCCUGUGAUCAAUGCUUCAUAAGCAUCCAGUCCUUAGCGUUCCCAUGAGACAUGAUUACUGCCCCAUUUUGCAGAUGAGGAAACUGAGACUCAGAGAGCUGAGACCGAGCGGCUUCUGACCCCCAACCCCGGGUAUGGGACCCAGGUGGGGCCUUCGCCGGCCCCUCCGACACCCCCAGAAGAGGAAGACCUUCGCCGUCGUCUCAAAUACUUUUUCAUGAGUCCCUGUGACAAGUUUCGAGCCAAGGGCCGCAAGCCCUGCAAGCUGAUGCUGCAGGUGGUCAAGAUCCUGGUGGUCACGGUGCAGCUCAUCCUGUUUGGGCUCAGUAAUCAGCUGGCUGUGACAUUCCGGGAAGAGAACACCAUUGCCUUCCGACACCUCUUCCUGCUGGGCUACUCGGACGGGGCGGAUGACACCUUCGCAGCCUACACGCGGGAGCAGCUGUACCAGGCCAUCUUCCAUGCUGUGGACCAGUACCUGGCGUUGCCUGACGUGUCACUGGGCCGGUAUGCGUAUGUCCAUGGCGGGGGUGACCCUUGGACCAAUGGCUCAGGGCUUGCUCUCUGCCAGCGGUACUACCACCGAGGCCAUGUGGACCCGGCCAACGACACAUUUGACAUUGAUCCAAUGGUGGUUACUGACUGCAUCCAGGUGGAUCCCCCCGAGCGGCCCCCUCCGUCCCCCAGUGACGAUCUCGCCCUCUUGGAAGGCAGCUCCAGUUACAAGAACCUCACGCUCAAAUUCCACAAGCUGGUCAAUGUCACCAUCCACUUCCGACUGAAGACCAUUAACCUCCAGAGCCUCAUCAAUAAUGAGAUCCCGGACUGCUAUACCUUCAGCGUCCUGAUCACGUUUGACAACAAAGCACACAGUGGGCGGAUCCCCAUCAGCCUGGAGACCCAGGCCCACAUCCAGGAGUGUAAGCACCCCAGUGUCUUCCGGCACGGAGACAACAGCUUCCGGCUCCUGUUUGACGUGGUGGUCAUCCUCACUUGCUCCCUGUCCUUCCUCCUCUGCGCCCGCUCGCUCCUUCGAGGCUUCCUACUGCAGAACGAGUUUGUGGGGUUCAUGUGGCGGCAGCGGAGACGGGUCAUCAGCCUGUGGGAGCGGCUGGAAUUUGUCAAUGGCUGGUACAUCCUGCUGGUCACCAGUGAUGUGCUCACCAUCUCGGGCACCAUCAUGAAGAUUGGCAUCGAGGCCAAGAACUUGGCGAGCUACGACGUCUGCAGCAUCCUCCUGGGCACCUCGACGCUGCUGGUGUGGGUGGGCGUGAUCCGCUACCUGACCUUCUUCCACAACUACAACAUCCUCAUCGCCACACUGCGGGUGGCCCUGCCCAGCGUCAUGCGCUUCUGCUGCUGCGUCGCCGUCAUCUACCUGGGCUACUGCUUCUGUGGCUGGAUCGUGCUGGGACCCUAUCAUGUGAAGUUCCGCUCGCUCUCCAUGGUAUCCGAGUGCCUGUUCUCACUCAUCAACGGGGACGACAUGUUCGUGACGUUCGCCGCCAUGCAGGCUCAGCAGGGCCGCAGCAGCCUGGUGUGGCUCUUCUCCCAGCUCUACCUGUACUCGUUCAUCAGCCUCUUCAUCUACAUGGUGCUCAGCCUCUUCAUCGCGCUCAUCACCGGUGCCUACGACACCAUCAAGCAUCCUGGCGGCGCAGGCGCAGAGGAGAGCGAGCUGCAGGCCUACAUCGCACAGUGCCAGGACAGCCCUACCUCUGGCAAGUUCCGCCGCGGGAGCGGCUCAGCCUGCAGCCUUCUCUGCUGCUGCGGAAGGGACCCCUCGGAGGAGCAUUCGCUGCUGGUGAAUUGAUUCGACCUGACUGCCAUUGGACCAUAGGCCUUGGACUGCGGAGACCCCCGCCCCCCACCCCGCUUAUUUAUUUUUAGGGUUUGCUUUUAAGGAUCGGCUCCCUGUCGCGCCCGAGGAGGGCCUGGACCUUUCGUGUCGGACCUUUGGGGGCGGGGAGGGUGUUGAAUAAAAGGGAAAAUAAAUGUGCCGUUCUCAUUUUUA